AUGGCAAACCCAUCAUAUGCGGAGUUCUCGGAUGAAAUCUUCUCGUGCCCUGAGGGCGGUGACUUCCUGGUGUGCAAAACAGGAACGAAGUUCGUGGGAUGUUGCAAUGGACUCAACGCCUGCGAGCAUGGCUGUUUCGAUGAGAAUCUACUUCCUGCGGCGAUUCGCGGAGAGUUUGUCGGCGAGAUCCCUGGCGUUUCUUGCGGGGGAUCAGUACCAUUUUGGAGUGGUUCGGAGAAAGAGAGCAGUUUCUAUGGCUGUUGCGACAGCGACCCCUUCCAGAAUGUGCCACCGGUUUGCCCUAGAAAGGACUUGUACCCAGCUUUUUGGGACCGACCGGAUCAGUUCUACUUCUUUCCGAAAAAUGUUCAGAAUGCCACUCCGGUCGUGACUUCGCCGAUCGUCCUUGCGACCUCUCUGCUCACCUACACGAAGCUUACUGUCGAUGUCCAAGUAGUCGCUCGUUCUGCUGCUACAGCUUCUACGACGAUCGCAAUGGCAUUCACAGGUACAGUUUGCAUUGCAUUGGCCAUGUGGCUCUGCUGGCGACAUUUGUGGGAUCGCUACGGCAGGUAUGGGGCAUAUACUGAAAGGUAA